AUGCUGGCCAGUGUCGAGGUCAAGCAGAGGCCUAAGAGAAAAGACAGCAGCUACCCCCUCCCACCUCCGUCUCUGGCCAAGCUCUACCCUCCAGAUCUGGGGAGAGACAAAAGGGAUGGAACAGGAGAUGGCCCCGAGAGAAUGGCCCGAACUCAAGAUGCCAUCGCGGGGAGGCAGCUGGCGGGGCUGCCUGGCCAGGUGUUCGCAGCCGCCCGCCUCGCCUGCCUCUUUCUCUCAUUUCCUUUCACAAAGUUCUCACAUAUACCCGCCGCCUGCGCAGCUGCUGUGGACUCGCCUGUCGGCCGCUCGCCUCACAUUGUCUGCGCUGGCUCGGAAGAUCCGAGAUGCCCAGAGGGACUCGGGACCCUGGAGCCGAGCAUCCCCUCUGUGACGGGCCAGCACGCGCCUGGAGCCCUCCCUUGA